AUGCGACAGGCCGCUGCUGGUGCGCAGCUUAUCGGAGAAUCCCUCGCGACGCUUUCCGGGCAAGAUCUGGACUUUGACAAGUGGCAUGUUUUCUUCGCCGGCGAGCGAUUGGAUUGCCAGGAGUCUUUCUUGCUGGCGAAAAAGCUCUGGAUAGACAGCUGCAAGAUUCCGGAGUCGCAGGUUCAUCCGAUUCCCCAGUUUAUUCCGGCCGAGGGCGCAGCGGCUCAAUACACAGCAGAAAUUUGCAUGCAGGAUGAGACCGUCCUGGUAGACAGCGAGCAGGGCCUGCCUGCUGUUGACCUGCUCCUGCUCGACAUGGCCGAAGAUGGCACCAUAGGGCGUUUGAAGCCAAACUCGUUGGGAGCCCAAGUUCGGAAUCUGGAGGUCGGGCAACCCGGCUGCGCUUUUCUUGCCUGCUCUUGUGCUCAUUAG